UUUCCCCUUACCAUAGCCGCGUGCUUCAGCUUUUAACUUCACUAGUGCAGUUGACUCAUCUUUGCGAGGCUUUUCAUGGAAUAGAAGCUCAAGGCUACAUUCAUUAACCUCUUCUGUGUCCCGAUAAGAAUGGAGUCUAAAGGAAGAGCUAGUAGGCGAUCGACAGGAGGUCAGAGUCCGGUGAAAUCUGCUGACAAGAAGACAGUCACUCCGGUGAAAUCCGCUGACAAGAAAACUGUCACUCCGGUGUCAGUAACAAGACGUUCCACACGUUUGAUGGGUAAGGUUGAAGGUGACACCAUUACAACCCCAGCCAGCUCGUACGUCAAAAAGGCAUCUGCCACACGAAAGAGAAGUCUGAAGACCAGCGACGAAGACAAUGAGAUACAGGAAAAGCCAGCUCCCAAAAGAGCAAAAAUAACCAAAUCCACACCCGCUAAGAAAGCACCCAAAUCACCUGCCAAGUCGAGCUCCCAGAAACAGAAACCGCAAAUUUCUAUAUCAAAAGUGAAAGUUGCUCCAGCUCCUAAGAAAGCUCCCACUACCCCCUCCAAAUCAACUCCCAAAACUACUCCUAAAUCAAAAUCUCCCACAAAAAAAGCCCCAGCCAAAGCCACCCCUAAAAAGGCAUCUUCCCCGAGAAAAGCAACGGCUAAAUCUAAGGCUAAAGAUAAGCCCAGUGAGCCAAUGGAAGUGGAACCUGCAGAUGAGCCGAUAGAAAAGUCUGAUACCAAAACCGAAGACAAACAACCAAACGAGAUCACCAAAGAUGACAGCGAUUCACCAAUGGACGCUGCAGUAGAAGACACAGCAAAGGAUAAUGCUGGGGAAGAUUCCAGUGCCCCUCAAGAGGUUAGUAAGCCAACGGAAGAGCCACCUACAGGUGAUCCAGCUAGCAAACAAGGAUCAGAGAAAACUGAGCCUGACGCUGGAGAAACUGCAAUGGAGGUUGAACCUAUCGCAGCAGAUCCACUGAUUAACAGUACUACAGAUGACUCAACAAAGAUGGAUGAAGCGGCUAGCAAACCCGCUGAAAAUAAGCAAGCAGAAACAAGCCCUUCGAAGUCUAAGAAAGAAUCUGCUAAAUCAAAUACCCAAGAACCGAAAGAGAAAGGACCCAACGAAACCACAAGUACAUCACAAGCGGAAGUAUCUAAAGCCACAUCUGGCAACCAAGCCAACUCUCCUGCUAAAACCAACACAACAAGUCCCCAGAAGAAGAGUCCAUAUUUCAAGCCUAGCUCCGAUUCUCUACCUCAACCCAGCCUUGGUGUCAAGACAAAGCGUCAUAAGCACCUCCAGUACCCUGACUUCGUGCCCCCCAAGUCUCCGCAUGAUUUAGUCCAGGAGCAGCUGUAUAGUGAUCCGUGGAAACUGCUCAUCGCUACCAUCUUCCUCAACAAGACCACUGGCACUGCUGCCCUCCCUGUUCUGUGGGAGUUCCUCAAGCUCUACCCCACUCCGGAUGCUGCCAAGAGUGCUGAUGUCAGCGCUCUGGCCAAGCUGCUCAACCCACUGGGCCUCCACGAGAAAAGAGCUGAGACCAUUGUUAAAUUCUCAGAGGAGUACCUGAGCAAAGACUGGGAGUAUCCCGAGGAACUCUACGGAAUCGGACAAUACGGCAACGAUUCAUAUCGCAUAUUCUGCACCUCAGAGUGGAAAGAAGUUCGUCCAUCUGAUCACGUGCUCAACAAGUACUAUGCCUGGUUGUGCAAGACGAAUGACUUCCACCCUACUGACUGGAAGUCUGAUUGAUGACUGACCUCAGUGAACUCUUCUAACUAGGCUCUUUUCAUUCAAGAAUCAUAUGCAUGCAUUACUCUACAUACUUAUAUCUUUACUAAUACGUAUGUUGUCUACCCUUUGUAUUUACACACCACAUUCUUGUUCAUGCUGAAUACUAUACUUUUGUUAUGGAUGAUC